GCGAGGACCCCUCCCCCCACCCCCGGGCGCCGCUCCCUCCUCGGCCGCCUCCUUCAACCUUGGUCCCGCCGCCGGCCCAGGCCCCCCGAGCGAGGCGGCUGCAGCACCCGGCUCCCCGCGGCGCUCGGACCGCGCCUCCGCUCGCCAUGACCUUACUGACCGCCGGCCGCCGGGCGGCCGCGCGCCUGCUGGGCGCCAAGAAUGCACCAUGUAUCUUCGCUGCCCGACACGCCAGCUCUGCUUCCACGAACCUGAAAGACGUCCUGGCCAACUUGGUUCCCAAGGAGCAGUCGAGAAUCAAGAGCUUCAGGCAGCAAUAUGGCAACACGGUCAUCGGGCAAGUCACUGUGGAGAUGGUGUACGGCGGGAUGAGAGGCAUGAAGGGGUUAAUAUACGAGACCUCUGUCCUGGACCCCGAUGAGGGCAUCCGCUUCCGCGGGUACAGCAUCCCCGAGUGCCAGAAGCUGCUGCCCAAAGCCCCAGGAGGGGAGGAGCCCCUGCCCGAGGGCCUGUUCUGGCUGCUUCUGACCGGAGACAUCCCCACUCAGGAACAGGUGAGCUGGGUCUCCCAAGAGUGGGCCAAGAGGGCGGCUCUGCCCUCCCACGUGGUGACCAUGCUGGACAAUUUCCCCACCAACCUGCACCCCAUGUCCCAGCUCAGCGCCGCCAUCACCGCCCUCAACAGCGAGAGCAGCUUCGCCCGGGCCUACUCCGAGGGCAUCAACCGGGCCAAGUACUGGGAGUUCAUCUACGAGGACUCCAUGGACCUGAUCGCCAAGCUACCUUGCAUCGCCGCCAAGAUCUACCGCAACCUGUACCGCGAGGGCAGCAGCAUCGGGGCCAUCGACCCCAGCCUGGACUGGUCCCAUAACUUCACCAACAUGCUGGGCUACAGCGACCCCCAGUUCAUCGAGCUCAUGCGGCUCUACCUCACCAUCCACAGUGAUCACGAGGGCGGGAACGUCAGCGCCCACACCAGCCACCUGGUGGGCAGCGCCCUCUCCGACCCGUACCUCGCCUUCGCCGCGGCCAUGAACGGCCUGGCCGGGCCGCUGCACGGCCUCGCCAAUCAGGAGGUGCUGGUGUGGCUGACAAACCUGCAGAAGGAGCUGGGCCAGGACGUGCCUGAUGAGAAGCUGCGAGAUUUCAUCUGGAACACGCUGAACUCCGGCCGGGUGGUCCCCGGCUACGGCCAUGCCGUGCUGAGGAAGACGGACCCCCGCUACACCUGCCAGCGGGAGUUUGCCCUCAAGCACCUCCCCAAGGACCCCAUGUUCAAACUGGUGGCGCAGCUCUACAAGAUCGUCCCCAACGUGCUCCUGGAGCAGGGCAAGGCCAAGAACCCCUGGCCCAACGUGGACGCGCACAGCGGGGUGCUGCUGCAGUAUUACGGCAUGAAGGAGAUGAAUUACUACACGGUGCUGUUUGGCGUCUCGCGGGCCCUGGGCGUCCUGGCCCAACUCAUCUGGAGCCGGGCGCUCGGCUUCCCGCUGGAGAGACCCAAGUCCAUGAGCACGGACGGCCUCAUGCAGCUCGUGGGCUUCAAAUCGGGUUAAAGGAAGGGAUGGGAUGUGGGGGGGGGAGCCCGCGCUUGCCAGCUGUCCAGGGGCUGUUUAAAGAGACAGUACACCUUUUCCCUUCCAAGGGCCUCGGCCAGACGCUAGAAUUAAACCUUUCUCUGAGGCACUGA